AUGAGUGUCCCUUACAAGCAACCUGAGCACAAGCUCACCAUGAUUCCCGGUCCCAUUGAGUUUUCGGACCCUGUCUUGUAUGCCAUGGCAACGCCUUCACAGGCACACACGUCUCCCGAAUUUGUGAAGACUUUUCAGGCCGUGUUGCAGAACUUGAGAAAGUUGUUCAAGUCUUCUGACGCCAAUUCCCAGCCAUACGUUCUUGCCGGCUCGGGUACGUUGGGUUGGGACGUUGCUGCUGCCAAUUUGAUUGAGAAAAAUGAAAAGGUGCUUGUCUUGCUGACGGGCUUCUUUUCUGACUCGUUUGCUGACUGCUUGAAGGUUUACGACGCAGACGUCGACGUCAUCACUGCUCCAGUGGGAGACGUGGUUCCACUUGACCAGAUCGAAGCUCAAUUGAAAAAAGAAAAGUAUGCUGCCAUCACAAUCACCCACGUGGAUACUUCCACUUCUGUCGUGUCCGAUGUGGGUGCAAUUGCCGAGGUUGUCCGCAAGAUCUCUCCAGAGACCUUGAUUAUAGUAGACGGUGUGUGCUCUAUUGGUGUGGAGGAUAUGGAAUUCGACAAGUGGGGCGUGGACUUCGCCUUGACGGCUUCUCAAAAGGCGCUUGGCGUUCCAGCGGGCUUGUCCAUCUUCUACGCCUCUUCCAGAGCGGUUGAAAAAGCCUUGGCGAGGGAAAAAGAGUCGACUUUCUUUGCUUCUUUGAAGAGAUGGACUCCUAUCAUGAAGGCGUACGAGUCUGGCUCUGGUGCGUAUUUUGCCACCCCAGCUGUGCAGACUAUCACCGCCUUGAAAGUGUCGUUGGACGAAAUCCUUUCCGAGACCUUGGAGGACAGAUUCUCAAAGCACGAGAAAGUCUCCAGUCAAUUCAAAGAUGAAAUGGAGAAGUUGGGCAUGAAGAUCUUGCCUGUCAAGAGGGAUGUUGCCGCUCACGGGCUCACUGCCGUAUACUUUCCGGAGGGCGUGGACGGACCAGAGUUAUUGGCAAAAUUGGCCACAAAAGGCUUUACUGUGGCCGGAGGUAUUCACAAGGCCUUGGUCGGUAGAUACUUCCGUGUUGGCCACAUGGGAUACUCUGUCUACGAAGGUCACGUGGGCAAGGUUUCGAAGGCUAUCAGUGAGUCAAUUAAUGAGUUAAAGAAAUGA